UUAUCUUAAACGUCUCAGAGUUUACAAUUUGACCAGUGUCUGAUAUGAUUAAUAUAGACCACACGUCAUAAAAACGUGUGUGAGGUUAUUGAACUCAGUGUGAGGGAUUUUGUUCAAUUCGUUCCCAAAGGGUUUGUUUGGUCAAUGUGAUUUUGCCGUGCGCAUGCGCGGUGUAGGCUCAAACACGGGCAGGUGAGCUGCGACAGGUGUGUCCCGGAAGUGAGAGAAAGAAAUCAACAAAAUCACAGCCACGAUGUCUAAGGACAACCUGCAGGAGGACUUUCAGAACCAGGUUAAUGAUGUUUUCACCCGGCUGCAGAACAAGCAGAUGUUUCAGUCUGACUGGGACAUUGCCUCCUUCGCCAUUUUCUUCAUCUUUAUCGGUAUGGUUCUGCUGCUUGUCAUUCUGGUUCUUAUACGCUGCUGCUGUUGCUGCUGCCUCUGUGAUGAAAAGCCCAAAAGACACAAAGUGGGCAUCGACAACAUGGCGCUGCAGCCAUAAAGCUCAAGAAUAGCAUCCAGCCAGGCUUGGAGUACUCGAGUCUGACUCGUGCCCUGAUUUUAAGGACUUGUGACUUGACUUUGACUUGAACUGAUGACUGGGACUCGUAAAUUGGAGACGAGGACUUGGAUUUUUUCGUCACGUCAUAAUAAUUUGGCAUAAGAGAUUUUAUAUUUACAUUAAUUUUAGUGCAAGAGAAUGCACUUCCACCUGUUCAGGAAUAAACUAAAGUUAAUGGCGGUAAAAUGCCUGGAGAGAACGCCCCUAGGAUUGUCCGUUUUGCUUAUACAGACUUGGCUUGCUUGCUGAGCGAUGAACUAGCUAGUGUUAACCCUCUCUCAUGUUAUUUGCCCUGUUGAUAGUGGGCGGGGCUUGCUGAGCGAUGAAGCUUUUUAUCUGUAGUAUAUUAACUAAUGGCGCAGUCGAGCAGGAACGUUAGUCCAACACGGUAGCGGAGACGCUUUCAUAUAAAGGCAGCAACAGCCACCGUCAAACGGUGCGGUUAGAAUCUUCUUCUCGGACUCGACUCAAUUUUCUUUAAUGACUUGGACUUGAACACUGGGGACUCGAGACUUGACUACAACACUGCGUCCAGCAUAUUCAUUAUCCCUUUCAAAACACUUUUAGAAAUCUUUUUCCUGCUGUAAUUUGCCACACCAUGCUUAAGAAUAGAUCGAGUUUAAGAGAAUGUAGAAAAUGAUGAACUAAACACUGUUUUAAAGGUGAAAUUGCACACCCACACUGUAAAUGUGAGAUGAAUAUUUAUUGUAGCUGAAUUUAGUUUAUCAUUUACAAUGACUGGUAUUUAAAUGUAAAAGUGCUCUCUACUUUCAGGUAUAAUUGUUUUCUACUUCCUGCUUGCAUUAUGGAUAUAUUUUUAUGAUUCUGUC